GCGCCUUCCUCGGACGCCAUGGUGGCCUCGCCCUCCUCCUCCGCCGGGCGACUCGGCCCGAUCCUCCGCCUCCGCGGCGGCGGCGGCGACGGCGGCGUCUACCCGCUCACGCACACAGAGAUGCAGUGGAUGCAGUCGGCAAACAUGGGCGUGGGGACGGGCAUCGGCGCGGUGGCGCGCGACCACCGCCACUGGGCCGACCGCGCGAGCGAGGACGCGCUGCGCCUCGACCGCGCCACGCUCUGCGCCGCCUCGUCCAAGCCGCUCGCGCCGCCCGUCGUCGUGACGGAGCUCGGGCUGCUGUGCAACAAGGAGGAGCUGCUCGAGCGGCUGCUCUCCAAGUCGAUGCCGCAGCACCUGGCGCACGUCCAGUCGCUGCGCGACUUUGCCGAGGCCACCCUGCACCCGAACCCGCACUACGCCGCCGACAAAGCCGCUAAGGGCGGAGAGGCGGCCGAGGACCGCUUGGGUGCCGCCCCAAUGGCGGCGGAGGACCGCGAGGUGCCCUUCGUCUGCCCCAUCGCCGGAACGCCGAUGAACGGCCGCUCGCCCUUCGUCUUCUUGCGCCCCUCCGGCCGCGUCGUCUCCGAGAGAGCGCUCAAGGGGGUCGGCGCGACCGCGUGUCCCGUGACGGACGUCCCUCUGGGCGAGGGAGACACCGUACACCUCAACCCAAACGCGGAGCAGCGCGAGGCGCUCGAGCAGAGGCACGAGGAGCGGCGCGCAGCAGCCAAGGCGGCAAAGGCUGCCAAGGGCGGCAAGAAGGCGCAAAAGGCCGCCGCCGCCGCAGCAGCAGCAGCAGCAGCAGCCGGCGCUAGCGGCAGCGGCGGAGGGGGCGACGCGGGCGAUGCCGCAGCGGCUGGCGCCGUACAACCCAAGCUGGCGGCGGGCGCGGCGGCGGGCGCGGCCAAGGCGCGGACGAGUCAAGCCGCGGCGGGCGCUGCGGCGGGCGGCGGCGCUAAGCGGGAGCGGGAGUGGGAGGCCUCGAUUCGCGAAAAGGCGUCGAGCUCGUCCGUGUACAAGUCGCUCUUCCUGACGGCGGAGGAGAAGCGCAAGCAGGAGGAGGAGAUGAACGCGAACCCGUGCGCGCGGGGGACUGGCUUCUCCGUCCUGCGGCCCGCCAAGUUCAACGCGUGAGGAGUGCGAUUUCGCCGGAUCGCGGAUGCGAUCCUGCACGUCGUGUUCGGUGUGAGUUGGAGAGGCGUCUGCCGUGUUGUGGCUGGGAGGGGGGCAUGACGCAUGUGGGAGAGAUGUGUUUGUCCCGCGAAAGCAUCUCCGCGAGGAGCGCCCAGGACCCGGGCACUUGGAGCACUUGGAGUCCGUAAAAAGAAAAA